GUGAGGAUUGAUUCUGAGAGGGCCUUCCUUCUAUUCUAUUCUUGUGUGACCAAUCCUCUGGCAUAUUCAGACGCCGUGAUGGAUUCCCAGGCUCCCACAGUUGACCCAGUCCUUAAGACUGAGGGGGAGCCCCAGGCGAUUGAAGCUAUCGCGACUCAGGCGGCCACCACUGAGCCUACCACCAACGACAUUGAGACCACGGCCAGACCCAGUGGAACCGAAGACGCCGCAGCCGGCCACGAACACGAUGAUGACGCAGCAUCCGUGGCCAGCAGCGCCCUCACAGAGGACUGGAAGCACUCCUUUGAUGAAGACCUCAGCGACGCUCUCGCUGGCAUCCAAACCCAGGGCACCUUUGCCUCGUUCCACCCCCUGAAGCGCGUGGACCCAGACCUCUCCGUCCAGGAUGUUGGACCUGUCAGCCUGCCACCAUCGGAGCCGGUGGUACGGCAGCUGAUUGACAAGGCUAUCCGCGCUCCGUUCGGUAAGGGGAGCGAGACCAUUGUCGACACCUCUGUGCGCAACACAUGGGAGCUGGAUCCCUCGCAGUUUGAGCUCCGGAGUCCGCGCUGGCCUGCGGAUUUGCAAAAGAUUUGCGCUUUUGUUGCGAAAAAAUUGGGCGUCACGUCGCCUGUGACGGCAGAGCUGUAUAAGCUGUUGAUUUAUGAAAAGGGGGCCAUGUUCAAGGCUCAUACCGACACCGAGAAAUGCCCCGGCAUGUUCGGAACGCUCGUCAUCUGCCUUCCCUGCGGCCACAAGGGAGGCGACGUAGUCGUCAAGCACUGCGGCGAGACCAAAACCUUCAAGACCUCAGCAGCAGACCAGUCCUUUGCGUGCUGGUACUCAGACGUCCACCACGAGGUCCUGCCCGUCACGGAGGGCUACCGCGUCGUCUUGACGUACAACCUCGCCAUCAACCCAGCGGCUCCGCGGCCCUCUGCGGGACUGCGGAGGCAAGAGACUCGCGACCUGCGGCACACCCUCCGGCGGUGGCUUGAGGACCCUGACGCUGGCGAGGCCGACCACGUCUACUAUGGUCUGGACCACGAGUACACCGAGGCCAGUAUCUCGAUGAAGGCGCUCAAGGGGCGAGACGCGGCUGUUGUGCAGACGCUGCAGGAGCUGUCAGCGGGGCUCGAGUUUGACGUCCUCCUGGCCCUGACGGAGAAGAUGGAGAUGGGGCCGACGGAGUAUGAGGGCAACCCGCGGUAUUCGAAGAAGAAACGGAACCGACGUGGACAGCGCAAGCGACCAAUCGAUCCCUUUGGUGACUUUGGUGGUCUAGAUGGAUACGACUCGUGUGGUGUGCCGUAUGAGGAUUACGCAUCCAGCUCGGAUGGGUUCGGGGAGGAUCCUAACGAGGCGGACAUGUCUCAUGAGAUUGAGGAUGUGACGGACGAGUCCUUAUCUGUCAAGGUGCUCGUGGACCUGAGCGGGCGCCCAAUACUUCGUAAUAUUGGGUUGGAAUGGAGAAAUGUUCUUGAUGCUACGGAGUUCUUUGAAGGCGUUGAACGGCAGGAAGAAUAUGAGGGUUAUCAGGGCAACUGGGGACCAACAGCUACCCACCGGUACUGCGUAACAGCCGCGCUUAUCAUCCGCCGGGACAAAAUCCCUUCGUUCCUCAAAGCUGGUACGAGGUCGGAGUGGGAUCACUACCAAGAUGACGCUGUGCUGCUCGAUUAUCUCACAGACUCGAUUCUCAAGGCCUUGCCUAACCGCAAAUCAUCCUUUGAGACUCUCAAGUAUGUCUGGGAUACGUCGGUCCCUCGUCCAGGCUCGCGUACCCAAAAGGCUGAAGACGAAAUCUUGAGCAAAGUGUUACGGUCCGCUGUGGCUAUGAAAGAUUGGGACUUUUUCGAAAAAGUCAGCAAGAAGAGGGGCGAAAAGGAGCUGGGCGGGCCACUGCCCGCGGGCUACUAUCUAGUACUUUACACGAAGGUCUCACAGGGCGAAGUGGAUUUUUCCAAUAUCAAAAACGGCUUGACUUCCACAGUGUUCAGGGGUCGGCAUUUCUUCGAGAUCUUCGAGGCGGUUAAGGCCUUUGCGCCUACCGAUCAACCCUUGUCUGACGAGAUUUGGGAGUGGGCACGAGCAAUGCUCACCAAAGGUGUCAAAGACAUUGCCGAUUCCGCAAUCUUCGUCCGACAAGAUGGUCUGGCUUUGGUGACAGGCGCUGAGAAGUAUGCUGACUUCGACUGGCUUUCCUCUGUAGCAAUGCCCUUGAUCAAGGAGCUACUUGUACGCACGCCAGCUUUUGCACUAGAUUUCCUAUCAGCGCUGCUCUCAUGCGCCAGACGAAAGGCUUUUCCGGUGACUCGAGCUGUCAAGUUAUACAAGUGGCUUGCCAAAGAGCUCAUCGCAAUGCUCGACCUCGAAAAAGUCCACGGGCCCAGGGGAGACGACCCAGCCCACAAGAGGGCGAGACACACAUACGGCCAGACGGCGCCCUCUGCCCCCGAUCAUCGCCUCGCCUUGACCCACGUCGCCCUGGUAGACCUCUUCUCCGGCCUCAUCAAGCUCGCGUCCUCCCCUCCACAAGAGGACCUAGUCCUGCCGUUGGCCCUGAAGAUUGUUAGUCAUGCUCCCAAAAUGCACGCGAUCGACUUCCCCGUCCUCUGGAUCCCCCUCCUCCGCGAACUCCUCGCCACCGUCGAAGCCACCAAGACACCCCUCAACAGCCCGCGCUACCAACAACUCUUCGCCGCCGUCUUCGAAGCCUACCGCGACAAUUACGUCGGCUCAAGGCCAGUCCAGCCACCGUCCGGCCAGCUGGGAGGCGGCAUGUACCUCGUGCAGUUCUGUACCUGCGGCGACUGCAGCAAGCUGGACAACUUCCUCGCGAACCCGGCACAGACGUCGCUCCGCUUGGUCAUUGGCGCCAAGAAGCAGCGGCACCACGUGCACAAGGUGACUGAGGAACACGGCAUUCGGGUCACGCAUGAGACUGAGCGGUUUGCGCCCGGAGGGCCUACCAUGGUGAUAAACAAGGUGGGGCAGACGGAUGUCGCGAAGCAGCAGGCGAGGGCCAAGGAGGCGGAGGAGGCCUUUCAGGCGUUUGAUCAGACCAAGUUGGGGGUGUUGCUUGGUGAGGAUUACCCGGCCAUUGCGACGGCGCUGUGGCAGCGGCCGGUAAAUCUGGUGCCGGGGCGGGGCGGUGUGACGUAUCCGCCGGCACCGAUUCCAGCUCCGGCUCCGGUUGCGGCUCCAACUGCGGCUCCAACUGCGGCUCCUGUUCCAGCCCCUGUCCCCGCUCCGGGACCCGCUGCCGCAGGUUAUGUACCGCCGGGGAAUACCAUCGUGCCGGCAGUCGGGCCCGCGUGGGUUCCACCGCCCACGAAUCGUCUUCAGCCGAUGAUCGGAUCCGCACGGGGACCGCCGCCGUCACAUUUCAAUACGUCAGCAGCCGGGCCAUCAUCCGUACCACCGCCCAUGAACGGUGCUCAACCGAUGAAUGGUCCGAUGAAUGGGCCUCGGCCAGUAAACGGGCCGGCACCGGUGCCUACAGUAAUGCCAUCAGGGCAGAGUGCUUUUGCGCCGACAACGGGAAAUGCGAGAAAGUCGUCGCGACCGCCGCCUUCUAGUCUGAAUACCUGGAGACUAGGUGUAGCUGCGGCUCCUGGGCCAAGUCAGCCUCCACCGCCUGUUGCUGGGGUGAAACGAAAAGCUGAGCCAGAGAUUAUUGAUUUGACGUAAGCAGAGCUGCACGUCAUAAUUAAGAUUCAACGUAGCCAACAAUCAAGUAGAUUCAUCUUCACUCCUCCCAACCUAUCACUGUAACUACGACUAACUCUGCGGACACACCUUGUCCACUGCGCU